ACGCUGAACACGCGUCUGGUAGGUGCGAACACGCUCUCGUGAUAUUAUACAGUCGUCGGCCGAUCCGUUCCGUUUUUCUAUAUCGUUCAAUAGUAAUAUUGUCUCGCGUACGCGUUGUAAUAUAAUAAUAUAUUUAUAUUAUUUUUCGCGUACGCGCUUUAUUAUAAUAUUAUAAUAUACAAUUAUAUUCUAUUAUUGAAAUAUACAAUUAUUGUAAUUCUGUGCGUCUCGCGUCUUCACGAGGUAUUCACCGAGCGGUUUUUAUUUUUUCACCACUCGUCGAUGGGUCGGUGGUAAAAAUCUGAGAAAAAAUUUUAAGAAAAUAAUUCGCAUUUUCUCUACCGCGUGUCACAUAUUAUAUCGACUAUUAUAUUAUCGCCGUCGUCCGCAAGUGGUGCCGUUGAAAAAAAAAAAAAUAAAACAUAAUAUACUUUUAUUGUAAUUAUUAUUGUUGUAUGAAUACUAUACGCAUAUCAUAAGAGUAAAGCACAUCGCACAGUUCGCGCACACGAUGAAUACGAUGGUCACGCCGUUGUCCUCGUCCGUCGUCUUUUCCGCCGUCGCAGUCUGUCAAUCGAUCGCCGCGAACGCACCGUUCUACCGGUGACACGAGAGGUCUAUACGUCGCCGAAGUUGGUGUACAGGUAAGGUGACCGGUACAGAGUCGUUCUCGUCGGCACCGUUUUUCCGCGACAGUGUUACGCGCCGUUCGGAGCGCCGCAACGUACUCGCCGCUCCGAUUUUCGUUUGUGCGCCCGCACCGCCGCCGCCGCCGCUGCAGCACUGCACCGGCACACCUCGCUCCGCGCACGCACAAGCGUAGAUAAGUGCACUUACUCACCAACCAGCGUGAUACAAACGCACGAUGAACUCACCGCAAAUGUACGACACGGCGCCGCAGCCGCACGCUCACCAGCCGCAGCACCACCAGAUCAGCCAACAGGAAUUGGCGAUGGCCGCCAAGAAAGCGCAGCUCGGGCAGCUCAAGAACAGGUACGACAUAUCGGAACUGUCCACGCCCGAGAUAUCGCUCGACCUGCAGAACCUCAUCGACGACAGCCAGUUCAGCGAAGGGCUGUUCACGGAGAUCCUGCAACAGGGCCAGGUGAAAUUGCCCAACGGCACCGGCGGGGGCGGAGGCCGGAACGGCGUCAACCAGAACGGUUUCAACUCGCGCACCACGCUCGCGUACAUGCCGCAGCCCGUGCACUACGAGAGCACGCCGGCCUCCACGGGAGGUCCCAUCAAGGAGGAACCGCCGGAGUCGGUCGAGUUCCGGAACCAGCAGCAACAGCAGCAGCAACAGCAACAGCAGCAGUACCUUAGCAACGGCCAGGGGGGCGCGUUCCAGACGUCGCCCGUGUCCAGCAACGGCAGUAGCUCGCAUCUCAAGGCCCAUCACCACAACCACCACCGGAAGUCGAGUUCCGGCAGCAACAAGUCCGUGGACAAGAACACGGACGAGUACAAGAGGAGGCGCGAACGGAACAACAUAGCGGUCCGCAAGAGCCGGGAAAAGGCGAAGAUCCGCAGCCGCGAGACCGAGGAGAAGGUCAAGCUUUUGGUCAAAGAGAACGAGCGGCUGCAGAAGAGGAUAGAGCUGCUCAGCGAGGAACUCAACGUGCUCAGGUCGCUAUUCACCAACGUGGGCGUCCUGCCCGAGCACCUUCACCGGGAGCUCAACAAACAUUUCGACGCCUACCCACACUUGCAGUGAACCACCUCACGCGAGUGGUUUCAAGUAAUCGUGCAUCGAUGAACCCGGUUCAAUAUCAUCUCCUCUCACACUUUUUGGUAUUAAACAGGGACAUUUUCUGACCUGGUUUUUUUUAUUAUUAUUAUUUUUAUUAUGAUAAUUAUUAGUUAGAAUGUUAUAAUUGUUAUUGUUCAUAAAAAUCGUUUAUUUAAAAGUUUCUUCGAGACUUGACACAAAAAAAAUAAAAUGAUAUUAUGUAUUAAUAUAAUAUAAUCCUAUAAAACUGUAUAAAUGCAAAUCAUCAAUAAACGUUAAAAUACAAAAUUAAAAUAUAUUGGCGGCGGCUCUCAAACGCUGAGCUACUUAACUAAUGUAUAAUAAUAACAGUAGGUAUUGAUAACGUAUACAAUUAUUUUUUUUACGAUAAAAAAAUGUUGAGCUUUCUUUAAAAAUAUAACGAAUCUUACCAAAAUCCUUUCGAUAUCGGGCAUAUUUUUAUACACGUGUGUCUAAGACAUAUAGAUUUAUUAUAAUAUGGACUAUUUAUUUAUUUUUCUACUCGUACAAAAUCCUUUUAAUCAAUGCAAAUAUUGUAAUAUUAUUAUUGUUUUGAAACGCCGCAGCAUUAUUUACCCCUUCUUUUAGGUUUGUAUAGAUGUGCAUACGCCACGAGUGUUCAAUUUUUAUUACCUACCUAUAUCGUUUCGGAGAUAAUUGCUCGUCUUCUUGUAUUUUUUCCUAAUUAUAAUUUGUAUUUUAUUCACAUAUUUUUUUUGUACGUGUACAUAUUAAAAAAAACACAUUAACGUGAGAGGAUCGGAGUCGACCAAAUUGCGUAUAAUAUAUUUUCUACUCAUACAUAUUAUUAUACUAUAUCAUAUCUAGAUAGUCAAUAUACGCCGUGGCUUGCUACGGUUAUUGAAACUACGUCGGCUGAGAUGAGUAUAUUAUGUUAUGUUAAUAGAUCGUCCACAAGUGACCGUAUAAGUGUUAUACGAUUGUAUUGUAUGACAGUAUCGUAACUAGGAAGCGUUGUCGUCCGCGGACAUUCCCGAACAUUACCAGAAUGUAUGAAAACAAAAAAAAAAACCAAUGUCCGACUUCCAACCCCGACGGCGUGGCACUUGGAAACUGUAAUAAUUUUACAAUAUUUCCACACUACAUCACUGAAAUAUUAUUUGUUUUCCAAAGUUCGGUGUACGAGUAUGACUUUCGGUGAUGACACCUGUUUAUCCUGUACAAAAAUUACAUAUUAUUCACCACGUGCGUUGUAUACGAAUGUCCGUCCGCCGCGCGUUCAGGUUGUACCGUAUAAGGACGCGUUCAUCGUUACUAUACCGGACAAGAACCAUUAAUAAUGGUCCGUACUCGUACCCAUAGGUAUAAGUACCAAAUGUUCGAGAGCAAAGUGUGCAUAUUUUCACUAUAAUUUUUGCACCGCACAAACAGACGAGUGUGUGAC